ACGUCUCUUACCUCCACAGCCUGCUAGCUAACAACAACACUAGACCCCGGACCACUAAACGCCACGGUUUAACCCGACACACAGGGGACAAGCGACUUCCGUCUGGCGUACACUGAUGCAGAUGGACGUCAGGACCGAAGAGUGACGAGUGGAAGAGACCGAUUCCUCCUCCUCCUCCUCCUCCUCCUCCUCUUCCUCACCCUACUGCCCCCAACACCUUCUGUCACGCUGGCAAUGUCAAGAGUCCCGAGUCCCCCUCCCCCUGCGGAAAUGUCCAGCGGGCCUGUGGCUGAGAGCUGGUGCUACACACAGAUCAAAGUGGUGAAGUUCUCGUACAUGUGGACCAUCAACAACUUCAGCUUCUGUCGCGAGGAGAUGGGGGAGGUCAUCAAAAGCUCCACCUUCUCUUCCGGGGCCAAUGACAAACUGAAAUGGUGUUUGCGAGUUAAUCCUAAAGGCCUGGAUGAGGAGAGCAAAGAUUACCUGUCCCUUUACCUGCUGCUGGUCAGCUGUCCGAAGGCCGAAGUACGCGCCAAGUUCAAGUUCUCCAUCCUCAAUGCCAAGGGAGAGGAGACCAAAGCCAUGGAAAGCCAGAGGGCGUAUCGCUUCGUUCAGGGCAAAGACUGGGGCUUCAAGAAGUUCAUCCGGAGAGAUUUCCUCCUCGACGAGGCCAACGGCCUCCUCCCCGACGACAAGCUCACGCUCUUCUGCGAGGUGAGCGUGGUGCAGGACUCCGUCAACAUAUCGGGCCAGAACACCAUGAACAUGGUGAAGGUGCCCGACUGCCGGCUAGCGGACGAGCUGGGCGGCUUGUGGGAGAACUCACGCUUCACGGACUGCUCCCUGUGCGUCGCCGGCCAGGAGUUUCAGGCUCACAAAGCCAUCCUGGCAGCACGCUCUCCAGUAUUCAGCGCCAUGUUUGAGCACGAGAUGGAAGAGAGCAAAAAGAAUCGUGUGGAGAUCAACGACGUGGAGCCGGAGGUCUUCAAGGAGAUGAUGUGCUUCAUCUACACAGACAAAGCGCCCAACCUGGACAAGAUGGCCGACGACCUGCUGGCAGCAGCCGACAAGUACGCUCUGGAGAGACUGAAGGUCAUGUGCGAGGACGCGCUGUGCACGAGCCUGUCGGUGGAGAACGCCGCCGAGAUCCUCAUCCUGGCCGACCUGCACAGCGCCGACCAGCUGAAGACGCAGGCCGUCGACUUCAUCAACUACCACGCCGCGGAGGUGAUGGAGACCGCCGGCUGGAAGUCCAUGGUGGCGUCUCACCCGCACCUGGUGGCCGAGGCGUACCGCUCCCUGGCGUCGGCCCAGUGCCCCUUCCUCGGACCGCCGCGCAAGCGCCUCAAACAGUCCUAACGGCCCGGCGGCAAGGCGCUCGCACAACCCUCAGACACACACACACCCAUACACACACACACACAUGUUUUAGACAUACACACACCCCUCAAACACACACAGGGACAAACCUUCCCCUUGCUGUUACCUACUACACUACCUACAACCCCCCCAGUCCUCCCCCUUCGGUCCUAUCCAGAACCUGCUGUAUUUAGUCUCUUCUAAAGAUGGAAGGAACAUGAAGGAGGAAGAGGAGGAGAGGGAGGAGAGGGACGGGCGGGCUUGUAAAGUGGCAGUUGUUUACAAAAAAAAAAAAAAGAAAGGAAAGAAAACCCCACGACGCCCUCUCCGUUCUCCUCGGCUCCGGCUCGGCGAGGUUUUGACGUUGUGCUCUUUUCCCCGCGUGUGAAAACCGAAACCCUUCCACUUCCUCCCCGGUCCUGCUGUGGAAUCCGUUUGGAAGGAAGGAAGGAAGGAAAAACUGGACGCGUUUACCCAGGAAGAGCCGGCUUGGUCGGUCUGGAGAUUCCGAGGCUUGAAGGACGAUUGCAGAUCGAGUCUUUAUCAAGAGUCCAUUUUAUCAUGCGGCUUCUUUUUGCUCUGUUCUUAGCGUUUGGAGUAGAGCGGCGAGAGAAGCCCCUAAACUAAAGGACGCCCGGGCCCCAAAAGGGACUUAAAGAAGACGAUGAUUCUGGGCCCGUAGUUAAAAACUAGAAGCCCCCCCCCCCCAAGAAAGACAACCAAGGGCUAGUCACAAUACAGGCAGAUAUGGGACAGAAAUAUUGCACUAAAGUCACAGGUCACCCGUUAUCAACUCCUACCAGCAGUCAGGUAGAAAUACUGUAGGCAAGCACACGUUGAAGCAAGCUUCAUGGACCGGAGACCCAGCUGGACCAUCAAGAACAAGUACCCUUUAAUAACCAAACGAUUUAUCAACUAGCGACGAAAAGCGGCAGCCGCAUCGACUCCCGUGUGGAACUCCUCCGGCUUUACCUGCGUCCGUUCUCAAAAGUCUGAAGAGGAAAGAGAAAGUAGCAGCGCACAACUGGAUUGUCAUUCUUGGGGAAAAUUGUAUUUUGUUGUGUGGAUCUGUCUUUGUAGCCCUCGAGAGAGUAUAAAGUCCAAGGUUUCACCACGCAAGUCCUCCCAGGAGGCGAAAGAAACAGUCCAGGGUUGGUUACAAAAAAAACAAAAAACAAAAAAAAAAAGAAAGAAAUGAUUAGGUUUCAAAUUGGGCAUGUUGAUGUUCUUUAAUACGGAUU